AGCCGAGCAGCCGGCGGCUCGAGCCGGCGCAAUGGUUUGCGAGAGCUGCCGUGUGAGGGCACCAAGCACACCGCCUUCACCGAAAUUCUCAUCGUGGACGGCAUCCACCUGCUAUGAAAAGAGUCCGCCUCAUUCUUUGAGCCUCGCGUCCAGCGAGUGCACUGCAGAGGCUAUGCCUCCAGAGGCUGCGCCUCCAGAGGGCCAGCUGUUGGCCACCAUGGGCUGGCAGCGUGUGGACAGAGGGUGCUGUUCAGAGGCGAGCUCCAUGAGAGAACCCGCGCGGGCGGAGCAGAUAUACCGGCCGCAGCUUUCGCUAUCUCAUUCUGGAUUGGAGGAGUCGGAUUGCUGGGCCUUCCAGGAGCCAUGUCGAUGUAGGCGGCAGUCCACAUCAAGCAGUUUGCCGCGGAGGAGCUGUCAAUCAGAAUGCUCCGAAUCCACGCGGGAGGAACAAGGCUUUUCCUUCAACGAGUCGCACAGGCCGAGCGAGUUUUUGAGAUCUGCGCCUGCAGUGCCCGACCGGCGUCAGACGGAGAAGCAGCAGAGGUCGAGGCGGAAGAGCCGAGCUCGAGAGAGAGCCAUGGUUCCAGGCCACGAGGUUGGGCGCCAGGGCUCGGAGCUGUCGCGCCUGGAGCUCUUGCGCCGGCAGAAGGCGCGGGAGCUGCAGAAGCGCCUGCAGCAUAUGGAGCAUCAGUGCGGCCUCCUGUCGGAGGACUACCAUCUCCUUGCUGGCAUGGACAGGGAGCUCUACCAGGCUACGGAGAAGCUGCGAAAGGCCUUCUGUCAGGAGAGGGAGGCCUUGCGCCAUUGACGCAGCAAGCGACCAGUGCUGAGGCAGGGGGACAGUGUGCAGUUGCGAGCGGAGUUUUGCCCGGGCAAUUUGCGCUGUGGCAACCAUGGGGCAGCAUGGCCACAAGAAGCAACAGGCCCAGCAACACGGCCCCGAGCGAUGCCGUUUGUGUAUAGCAAAUCCCCAAGACUCCCAGCAUGUACCUUGGAAUGAGGUGGAUGGCUGCUAUACCUGUGCGGUUGGAGCCGCUAUAGGCUAUACAUGUGAGUGCGCGGCGUUUUGCUGAAACGGCGAGUGCGAAUCGCGCAUCCCCGAAAUUCGCAGCAAGUUUACAUGCCAUAGAAGUUGUUAAAUGCAAUCCACCAGGCACAUGAGUGCGCAAGAAGUU